AUGGCCCGUGUGAAAUGGAAGGACCUUCUAGCAUCAAAAGAUUUGAGCAGUGCUUUGCCACUGGUUCUCCAGACCUUGGAUCUUGAGUUGUCAGCCCGACUCUCUGGUAGUGCUACCAGCUUGGCCUCCCUGGCUCAAGCGGUUGCCACCACCCUGUCCCAGUCUCAAGUGAGUAAUCCUUCUCGUUCACUGCUAGCUGCAUCAGCCCUCUUGGCCGCGCUGGACCUUCAGUUUCCCAAGGAUGUGGAGGUGGCCUUGGUGAAUGAUUCAGUCGUCAAAGGUGUCGUAGCCUCAAGCGCUUCCAGCUGGCCCUUAGUCUCCGCGGUUUGCAUCCGGGCCCUGUGCUCCUUGGUCCUGGCGAGCCAGAAGCAUCAAGUCUCGAAGGAAGAGCGUGUUGAAAAGCAAGGGUGGACCCGGAAGGUGGUACCACAUAUUAAGGCAGCCCUAGAAGCUCACCCCAAAUCCUUCCAUGUGCAGGAGGCUGUUGCUGAAGGUAGCUGUGCCUUGCUCAUGGAUGGCAACAGCUUUGGUGGACAAGUUGCAUCACUUUGGCCAUUGCUUUGGCCGCUAGCUGUGCACCCAAAGAAGCAAAUAGCAGAGCCUUCGAGUCUGGCACUUUGCCGAAUGACCUGGUUAGCUCGCGGCACAGAUGCCGAGCUACCCACCGCAGAAAAAGCCAUUCAUUUGGCUUGUGACGAGCUAUCCCAACUCUUCGACCAGUCCAUUCGACCAAAUCUCAACGGUGCUCCCGCUGCAGGUGCCAUUCUUCAAUCUGUGAGGCUUGUGGAUUUUCUCAAGAUUCUUUUGCUCCACACCCGAAGCAAGCCCGCAGACUUACCCCCUCGUCGGGAUCGCAAAGGUGCAGAUGUGGACGAUGCAUUGGUUUUGUUGCCUUUGCCGAAGAUCAUGGGCACCAUUGAUCUUCUCUUGGGAUCCUUGCUGCGAGAAACAUCGAUAGCCUCCAAGAUUAUUUCCAACGAUGCAGUUCAAUCUGAGCUACUCACACUCCUGAAUGCAGCUCUAGAACUCGCUUCUGCUGCCGUUGAUGUGUCUGGUGCAUCACUCUUGGUGUUUUCAGCACAAGUGCGCAGGUGGCUUGAGAUGCUCGCAGACCAGAGUCCGAAGACAGAUGGAAAGCACUGCAUUGGAGUGUUCAAGCUUAUUCGGAGGCUUGAGAGCAAUUCUCCUGCAAUCCUCCUACGUCAGCCUUUGUUGAGCAGACUUUGCCAGUAUGCCUUGGAUGCCAUGCACCACGAGGCUGGGAUCCCAUUGCACAAGGAAGAGCACCUCGUCCGGCUUCCAGUCUCACGCAAGCGAAAAGCCGACGUUCUCAAGGAAAAUGAGGCGAAUGCAGGGGCUCCUUCGAAGGUUUUCUCUUCAGCCUGCCACACCCUCACGCGAAUUAUUGAUUCUGGCGCGCCAAUGUUGCCACAGCCGGUGAUCGGAAGCAUUUGCGAACAACUGGUGCAAACAAUUUGGCAUGGCUUGCUGCGCAGUGCUGGCACUCUCUCCGGAAAGGAGGUUGACAAGUGUUUGGUUUACCGAAGGGUAUGUCGCGAUCCCGAGAGUGUUCUGGGCCUGUUGAAUGUGAUGCGUGUGUUGCACCAACCCAGGCAGGGUGCAGUACGACUCGCCCCGAGUUUAACUCAUGCCUUUGCUGCCUUGGUUAGCGUUCUGCAGGAUGCAUUUGAGCGGCAUGCGCCCGGGACUGACUCGGACUCGACGGAUUGCAUUCGACUGCGGUUGCGAGAAAUGUCCGACAGCCUUCGAUUUGACCGUUUUGGAUCCCAAAAGGUGAGCGAAGGAGUUGGAAUAGUGUGGCCUGAGGUUGGCGCUGCCAGCCCGUCACACGCACAUAGCAUUGCAACUCCUGCUUCAGAGCGGUUGUGUGAGGAUGCUGAGGCUCCAAAUGUUGGCCCGGUUGGCACCAAACAGCAUCGAGAAGGAGGAAUGCCAAGUACAAAGGAUCAUAAGAUGGAAGUGGAUCAGCCAGUGACAGAGCCAGUGGCAGACCAAGAAGUCGUGUUCAUGGAAUGCGAGCCAGAUGGGCCGACGGACUCGCCGUCAAGCACCCUGAAGCGGGAAGAAGCGGGUCGGACUUCUGCGUCAACCAAGGAGGCGUCACUGGAGGUGCCUCCAGAGAUGCCCGAAGUGGUCGAGACGGUUCCUGCGGAGGCUCCAGAGGUGGUCGAGACGGCGGUUCUAACAGCACCUGCUCCGACAGCGGAGGAGUUCUUCACACCCAGAAAUGCGAGUGGGGAAGCUGAAGUGGCUGAAGCCGAGGUAGCACUGCCAGAGCUGGCCCAGGAGGCACCGCCGCAGCCGGCCGAGGAGCCCAAAGCUGCCAUGGAGCUGUUUUCAAGGAGUCCGUCUCCUGAUCUAUGCCUUGACUCGCCCAGUGACAACGACUGA